AUGAAUAAGAAAAUUGUGAUUGAUUUAUCUUCUAUUUAUAAUUCAAUAACUACACCAUCAUGUAAUUUGUUAAAUAUUAAUUUAAUUAAUCAACAUAUAGAUCCUUCGUCUUUUCGUAAUCUAUCCACAAAUAUUAAUACAGAUCGAAAUUUGUCACAUUCAAUACAUGUUAUUACAAUUAACAAUCUAAAUUUAUCUCUAUCAGACAUACAAAUAUUUCUUAGUUUUGUUGAAAAUAUAAUUACAUCUGAUCCAUCCCAUCAAGGUUAUGUACAUUCAUGUGUUCGUGGUAUUUACAAUGAAAAUUUAUUAUUUUUUAAUCUAGCAGGUAAUUGCAGAUAUUGUCCGAAAAAGAAUGGUCAUCAUCAACGUAAUAAAGUAGCUAUCAUGAUAAAUACUAAAAACUAUACAUACCGUGUUCGAUGUAAAGAUAUCGAAUGUAAUAAUACUAGCUUAUCGUGGAAAAAAAUAAAAUGAUUUUUUUUAUUUAAAUCAUAAACGCUUCAUUAAUUAAUAUACAAAACUUUUAUUCACUAAGAAAUAAUAAAUUUAUAUGUCUGUUUUUAUAAUGCCUAAUCAUAAAAAAACACGUUCAUCUCACAUACUUGUUUCAUUCUUCGUUUUUCUUCUCUACUUUUUUUAGUAAUUUUUUUUUAAUAUAUAUUAAUUCAUUUUUCGAUAAAAUUCAAGAAAGUCGAAUUUGAUAAUAUUCUAUUUUCUUCUAAUUAACAAUAAGAAAUCAAUCUAAUAAAACACGCAUUUCUGUAUUCUUUCAUCAACAUAUCUCUUGCUUGAAUAAUCUUAUGGAAAAUAUAAAAUAAAAUUGUGACAUAUAUUCAACUAACCACUUAUUAAUUGAAAUUGGUAAGUUAUAUGAAUUAUAGUUCGGAUAAACUAAUGAUCACAAUAUAGGAUUAAGAAAUGAGUCAUAUAAUGCAAUAUUAAUAUUCCAUUUAGUGAAAUUAAGGAUUUGUUAAACCGUCUGAUUUAAUAUACUUGUUGGGAAGUCAUUCUAGAAAUAUUAGAAAACAAAAUUAGGCUAUUAAACAUGAGUAAUAAAAUACUUGAACUAUAGAAUCCUUUUAAUAAAUUUUUACGAACAUUUGAGAUGAGAAACAAACCUUUGAGCUAGAAAAUACUUUUUUCUUAGUUUAUAUAUUCAAUUAAGAACUAUUGAUAAGCUUAAAUGUAUUUUGACGAAGAUUUGAGAUGAAGAAUAAACCUUUGAGCUAGAGAAUAAAAAAAAUCUUCUUUUCAAUCUCUAUAAUUAACUACGAGCUAUAGUUAGAUUUCAAUGUGUUGAGACGAACAUUUGACAUGAAAACAAAAGCCUAUGAGCUGGCAAAUAGAAUUUUUUUUUCAAUUCAUAAAAUUAAUUACGAACUAUAGUUAGAUUUCAAUAUAUUUUCACGGGCGUUUGACAUGAAAAACAAACCUUUGAGCCAGAGAAUAAAUUUUUUUUGUUU